AUGGUCAACGGCGUCCUCUGGAUGGAGGUCGUGAUCUUCGCGGUCUUCGUGGCGCUGCGCCUCUACACACGGCACCAGAUUCUCAAUGCCGUUGGGAUUGACGAUUACCUCUGCUGCGUUGCGCUGGUCUUCCACCUCCUCUACACGAUCUUCGUCACCAUAGCAAGCGCCUACGGCCUCGGCCGCCUCUCCGCCGACGUCGGCAACCAAAGCAUCUACUUCGAAGCCGUCAAGUACGAGAUCCUCAGCCAGUUCGCCGGGAUUAUGGUGAUAGGCGUGGGCAAGUGCGCGGUCGGCACGUUCUUACUCCGCAUCAUCCGGAAUAAGGUCCAGAUCGCGUUCAUCCACGUCUGCCUGGUGAUAACGGUGAUCAUCACGCUGUUCGCGAGUAUCACGGCGAUAGUGCAGUGCGACCCUGUGGAGCGCAGCUGGAACCAAACGGUCCCCGGAACGUGUUGGAUCGACUUUUCGAAUAUCGGGUAUACGGUGGGCUCGUGGUUCGUGGCGAUGGACUUUGCGUUUGCGGUGCUGCCGUGGUUUGUGGUGUGGGAUUUGAAUAUGAAGCAUAAGGAGAAGAUUACCGUUGCGUGUGGGUUGAGUUUGGGGAUUUUCGCUGGAAUCUGCGGGAUCAUUCGCACCGAGGCCCUCUCCGGCCUUAAUGCGCAGGAAUACAUCUACGACACAGUCCCCAUGCUCAUCUGGUCCGCAACCGAAAGCACCGCAACAAUAAUGUGCUCUUCGAUCCCCGUGCUGCGCCCGCUCUACACACGCCUGAAAUACGGCACGAGCAAAGGGAGCUCAAACGAGAACUCCUCGUACCAGCUGCCGAUGUACGCGCAGCGCCGGUUCGGACGAUCCGGGUAUUCCUCGAAAUCCGGCGGCAAGGUCGAUGAGUUUGGGAUUGCGAGCACGGAUCUGGGGACGGUGAACGAGUAUCAGGCGCAGAAGACGGUGAUAUCGCAUGGGGGUGGGAAUGGCAGCGAUGAGGAUAUUUUGAGGGGUGCGGCGGGCAUUGAGAGGACGGAUGAGGUGACCGUUACGUAUGAGGCGUUUGGGAGGAAGCGGUAG